UUAGUUCUGUUAAAGAUGGACACUGACAGGGUCCAUGCAGCUCUACCCGACCCACCAAGUCAAAUCGAAGAAGAAAAAGUGGAGGAGAAGGCCUGUGGGAAUUUUUUUGCUGAGUUAGAAUCUGUGGAGUUGCCUCUAGGAACUACUUUAAGGUCCAUUUAUGAUGACCAGCCCAAUGCUCACAAACGGUUUAUGGAGAAGCUGGAUGCCAGGAUAAGGAAUCAUGACCGUGAGAUUGAAAAGAUGUGUAAUUUCCACCAUCAAGGCUUUGUGGAUGCCAUAACUGAACUUCUUAAAGUGCGUGCUGAUGCAGAGAAACUGAUGGGUCAAGUGACAGACACUAACAGGAGACUACAGGACGCAGGGAGAGAUGUAACAGCUCAGACAGAGGAAGUGAUUCGCUGUCGGAUCCAGCAGAGGAACAUGGCCACCACAGUGGAGAAACUUCAGCUCUGUAUACCAGUGCUUGAAAUGUACAGCAAACUGAAGGAGCAACUGCAUUCAAAAAGAUAUUAUGCUGCAUUGAAAACCAUGGAGCAGCUGGAGAAGGUGUAUAUUCCAAGGGUUAGUCAGUACAGGUUCUGCCAGAUCAUGGCAGAAAAUCUGCCCAGACUGAGGGAGGAAAUCAAAGAGAUCUCAAUGUCAGACCUCAAGGACUUCCUGGAAAGCAUCCGGAAGCAUUCCGACAAGGUUGGAGAGACGGCGAUGAGACAGGCACAGCAGCACAGGACCUUCAACAGUGCUGUGGCAAAGCAGGUCCACACAGGACACUACAGCAAGCCUGUGUAUUCUCUGAGCGGACACACACACACACACAUCUCCAACGGCCUGCUGACCCAUGACGACGCUGGAGACGAGGAGGAAGCAGAUGAAGAGGUUCUUACAGCUCAGGACCUGGUGGAUUUCUCCCCUGUCUACAGAUGUCUACAUAUAUACACUGUGCUAGGUGACAGAGAAACAUUUGAGAACUACUACAGGAAGCAGAGGAAGAAACAGGCCCGCCUAGUAUUGCAGCCACAGGCUAACAUGCAUGAGACUGUAGAAGGCUACAGACGAUACUUUAAUCAGAUUGUGGGGUUCUUUGUAGUGGAGGACCACAUCCUUCACGCCACCAGGGGGCUGGUCACCAGAGCGUUCACCGAUGAACUGUGGAACAUGGCCCUGUCCAAGAUCAUUGCUGUGCUCCGCACACACUCUUCUUACUGUGAUGACCCAGACCUGGUUUUGGAGCUGAAGAAUCUCAUAGUCAUCUGCGCUGACACACUGCAGGGUUAUGGUUUCCCAGUGAACCGACUCUUUGACCUGCUAUUCGAGGUCCGAGACCAAUACAAUGAAACACUGCUGAAAAAAUGGGCCGUGGUUUUCAGAGAGAUCUUUGAGUCAGACAACUACAGCCCUAUCCCAGUGGAAACAGAGGAGGAGUAUAAACUGGUGACCAGCCGCUUUCCCUUUCAUGAUCCUGAGAUUGAAAAGCAGGACUUCCCUAAGAAGCUGCCGAUGUCCCAGUCUGUCCCUCAGAUCUACACACAGGUCAAAGAGUUCAUUUAUGCCAGCCUCAAGUUCUCAGAGUCCCUGCACCGCAGUUCAACAGAGAUCGACGACAUGCUGCGAAAAUCAACCAACCUGCUGCUGACCAGAACUCUGAGCAGCUGCUUGCAAAACCUCAUCAAGAAACCACACAUAGGACUGACUGAGCUGGUGCAGAUUAUCAUAAACACCACUCACCUGGAACAGGCCUGUAAAUACCUGGAGGAGUUCAUAACCAACAUCACCAACGUUUCACCUGAAACAGUUCACACCACAAGACUCUACGGCUUAUCCACAUUUAAGGACGCUCGCCAUGCUGCAGAGGGAGAGAUUUACACCAAACUAAACCAGAAGAUUGAUGAAUUCAUUCAGCUAGCAGACUAUGAGUGGAGCAUGGCAGAGUCUGAUGGCCGAGCCUCAGGAUACCUCAUGGAUCUGAUCAACUUCCUUCGUUCUACUUUUCAGGUCUUCACACAUCUUCCGAAUAACAACAAUGACCAUGCAUCAAUGUCGGGGAAAGUGGCCCAGACAGCGUGCAUGUCAGCUUGUAAGCAUCUGUCUACAUCGCUUAUGCAGAUGCUUCUGGAUACAGAACUCAAGCAGAUCAGUAUGGGAGCCAUACAGCAGUUCAACUUGGAUGUCAUGCAAUGUGAAUUGUUUGCCAGUUCAGAGCCAGUGCCCGGCUUUCAAGGCGACACACUCCAGCUGGCCUUCAUCGAUUUACGACAGCUCCUGGACCUGUUCAUGGUAUGGGACUGGUCAACUUACCUGGCCGACUAUGGUCAGCCAAACUCCAAGUACCUGAGAGUCAACCCAGCCACUGCGCUGGCUCUGCUUGAGAAAGUCUACAGGGGAAUGAAAGACACCAACAAGAAGAACAACAUCUUCUCUCAGUUCAGGAAGAACGACAGAGACAAGCAGAAACUGAUCGAGACUGUGGUCAAACAACUGAGGAGUCUCGUCAAUGGCAUGUCCUCCUAGAAUAAAGCAUACAUGUUAUUUGUAUGUGCAAUAACCAGAUAAGAUGAGUGAAACAUGCAUGCAUUCACAUGCACACAUAAAAAAAAAACGCCCUGAACACUAUUGGUUUAAUACACCACAAAGCAAUCUCAUGCAGAGGAUCAUAUUCAACAUAAAAACAGCUGAGUUCUCAUACUUCCUGGGCGCAUGGUCAUAGACAUCAGCUGAAGGCUCAGCAUUACACUGUAUGUAAAAAGCCUGCAGGGAACCCCCUGCCAGCAAACAUGACAUCAUUUCCUGCCUCUGACUUCAAAUCUGUCAGAGGAUUUCUGCUAAGUUAUGCACACACUCCAAACUAUUUACUGAACCCUCAGAGGCCUGCAGAGAAACGAUCUGUCAGCGGCUCAUUGGAGAUAAACUGUUUUGUACAUUUUUUUAAACUGGAAUGAUUGGAGAAGUAAACUGAGAGUAGGAAGUACAGGAAGUGACAAAGUAUUGGGGCAACGAACCCAAAGAUCCAAACGUACAUACACUCAGCAAGAACAUCAAGUUUGGCACCUGGAUUUUCUUCAAUUGGUGUGUAUUUUAAUGUAACUUUAUUCUGAAGAAUCACAGAUCUUGUUAAUCUGAGAUGAUGACGUCAUUUACUGAUCCACAGAUACAUUUCAGAUUCCUAAAAGUAAUAACUGUGUGAAGGCAACAUUUCAGACUCAGUUACAUCUAAUCCUGUUUAUGUCUCAUUAUUAAUGAGUGAAAUAAGGAGAGUUUCAUUUCAACAACUGAGAUAACAUCCAUUUACUACACACAAGAAAUAGAUAUGUAUGUGUGUGUGUGUGUGUGUGUGUGUGUGUACAUGUAAUAGAAAUGUAAACUGAAUAAUUUAUUAUUGAUCUUUUUGAAGUUUGAGUUAUUUAUAUUAUUUUUAUUAUUCAGGAUGCUGUAUGUGUGCGUGUGUGUGUGUGUGUGUGCUUUGUGAGAGAGUACAGAUCAGAAAUUUAAGAGCAAAUCAACUUAUCCAAAUACUGUUGAUAUGGUUUAUGUGGCAACAAUGAAUUAUGCUGAAGUUCUAUACAUGAAGUGAAAAGUGAAAAUGUGAAUGAUGAUGUCCCAGGAGACUGAUGUUCAUAUAAAACCUGUUUAGUUCUCCACUUCAUGGUGGCUUUUUGUUGUUGUUUUUUCUGCCUUGUCAUAUUAUACAUUUCUGUCAGAUUUAUGGCACACCUAUUUUGUCUCCAUCUGUUUUCUACUCAGAAAUGUAGCUUUUUAUUUGCAUCCAUUUUUUCCACCCUGUGUGCAAAUGGAGUUAAAACAUAGAGCACAAUUCUCUCUCUUCACUUUAUUACAGAUUCUGGAUCAACCGAAGUUCCACAUGCAUAAAUAUUAAAGUGAAUCUUUGAAUAUAGGCUUUACUUGUGAUGUGAUUAUGGAGGCACAUUUCUGCUAUGAAACUCAGAAUUGAUUUUUCCUGAACUUUUUUAUUUGCUCCUGUUUAUUUCUCUGGACUUCCCACACAGCGUCUGCUGCAGCAGGAAGUCCUCCCACUCCAUCAGUGGGACAGAUGCUUCCACUGUGGAGUUAAGAGAUGAUCUUUCCCAACUGACAUUGAUGACUUGAAAUCUAUUGCAGUAAAUGUUAACUAAACAUCUGCGACUUGUACUGAUACCAUAAAAUUAUAAUGCUUAAUGGAAGGGAAACAAAUUCAACAUGCUUAGGAUUCUUUCCCCACAAAACCCAGUCAACAAGCUCUUUGUUAAUAAAAAAACGUUAAGUAUCCCUUUAUUACAGAUUCUGGAUCAGGAGGCCUUUUUCUAACCUCAAAAUCUGUUUUUACUCAGUCAAGUCCAGUGAAGACGCAGGGGGAGGAUGAUGACUGUAACACUCCUGAUCCCAAGAAAAGGUUCCUAGUGGGAACAGGCUUUAAAAGAAAUGCACCACGUCCAGAAAACAGCAGGUGGUUUUUAUACCUAGAUAGUUCUAGUCAGAGUAACAAGUUGGGGCUGCGGCUGCUGCCCAUCACCUGUAGUCAACCAGAAACAUGCAGGAUCUCAGGCCCACACUCAGUCAGUUACUUAAAUAACAAACCUUUAUUAUAACACAAAUCUUUAUUAUAAUAGCAAAACACAAAGUUCAGUCUGUAUAUGACUGAAUUAUUUUGCCCUCUGGCACAUUACAGCAGUGGAAUUAGAUCAUCCAUGCAUUUGUUUUUUGCAUUAUAUAAAUAAACCAAUAUUAAUAAAAACAUUUCUAGAUUGUGCAAAAAUGCUGCUGUGGAACAGAAUAAGACUACAUAGCAACAGCAGUCAACAUUCACAUGCAGUCUGACUAUGAAGCUAAUUAAUAUUAAUUAUGUGAAUGAAAUGAAUCAUCAGGUGGGCAGAAUGAGUGUGAAGGCCUGUUGAUCCUUUUACAUUUUAAUGCCAGGAGGAGAUACCUAGGAGUCCAGAGCAGUCAAACUGCUCACAUAAUGUUUGUUACAUAUACUAAAAACCUAUUUGUGAAGUUUGUUAAUAAAAGGCUGCAAUCAACUCUUGUAAACACAGGUCUAACUCGUUAUAAACCUAAAUUCAGCAUUUUUUUCUUUUUCUUUUGUUCCUCAGGGUGAAAUUCAGGUUUAGAAUGUCAGAAUCCACCAAGAGAAGCAAUAAUGUCGUUUAUUAUAUCAUGGUCUGCAGGUUAACACUUUACAUCUGUACAUAAACUUUGAUGGGAAUGUUUUAAAAUGAGGUUUUGUUUUGUUUUUUAUGUCCAUUGCUUCAAGCUGGAUGUUGUUGUUUUUUCCUCCUUAUUUUUAUGGCUUGUAAAUCCCUCUGUAUAUAUUCCCCUUUUUGUAAAGAAAAGAUUUUAGCAGCGUCUCUGCUCCUGACAACAUGAAGGUGGACUCUGUGAUGUGUUCCUCCGUCAGUCUCUGACAUGAAUUCAUAUUCAAUAAGAACCCCAGCUGCUGGCUACAGUGUGAAGAGCUUAGUGAUUUGUAGUUACAUGCGUAAGUAUAAAAAAUUCAACGUUAUAAUACUGAAUCAAAUCAAAUUAACAUUAUACAAUGUUUCAGAUCAUUAAACAGUGUUUAAUACCAGACAAAGAUUAUCGGAGUAAACCCAAAAGUUUGUUUUCAGACAGUUUCACUAAGAGGAAAAAGCAGGGCCAAUUUUUUAAAAGCCGGACUUGCUGAUGACCUGGUGAGUCUGUCAGGUCAUGGAAUGUGAGCAAAUAUUUUUAGACCUUUGCUGAGGAAGAUAAGAUCAUUUGAUAAGAUCAGCUUCACAUGCAAGAACCGACCAAUCAAAGAUCUCCCAAAACUAAGGAAAUCAGUGCCGAUAAAUUGGUGCACCCUACAAAUAAGCGAUCCAAACCAGCCUGGCCCUCUAGGAAAUGAGGAUCGUCCCCUUAUAAAAUCAUUAACUAACUGAUUAACUACAUUUUUUCUGUGUUGAAAAGCAACAACUGUUUAAAAAGCUUAUAUUAGCUUGUGGGAAAAUUCAUUAAAACCUCAGGUUGCAAAUGUGGUUUUAAUAAGUUAAAGGAACACAAAAAAGCACAGGUGAGCCAGAGAUCACUUCUGUCAGGAGUGGCACAACAUACCAGAGCCCCGCAUACACAACAUACUAGAGAAUAUAAUGUACACACUGUGUUGUUUCAAAAAUGUAAAUAAAGAUCACCAUCCUAGAUGGAAGAAAGUAA